CGUGGGCAGGUGGUUGUCAUAGUUGUCGCCUCGUAUGCAGUGAGGCAGGAGAAACGAGAGCAGGCGACGACGAUAAUGGUGGUGGUGACGGUAGUGGUGGUAAAGGCAUCGGCGGCGAUGAAGCUGAACAACUAAGGCAGCGGCGGCGGCGGUGGUGGUGGCAGUGACGGUGGUAGCGCGUUGACGUUCUUUGUUGUUGUUGGUGGUGGCGGUGUGGGUGGCGAAAGCAACGGCGUCGUCGACGUCAGUUUACAAUGACGACGGCUGUGCGGGCGCUUGACGAUGUUAGCUGGGCACGGGCACUCCUUCCUACUGUACAGUAGCAACAUUGUUGGUGGCUGGUGCCAACCGCAUCGCCGGACUUUUUGACAUGUCUGCGGUUUGGUUUAGAAGCAGAAGAAAGCAUUUCAGAAAGCAAUGUGGAAGUUACUUAAGCGCAAGUUAAAGCAGGUUCGAGGCACGACGCCGAAGAAAGAAGAGUCUCAUGUACAGACAUGCUACGAAACAUCUCCAGUUUCUCGUAAACGUUACAACAAUGAUGGUGUACCUGUGGUUUUUGACUGUGGUACAGGCACUUGUAAAAUUGGCUUCUCUGGUGAAGACUUACCCAGGGAUGUUUUCCCAACAUGCACAGCAGAACUUCAGCAACAGUUGGGUACGUUUUCCCGGAAAGGCCGUGAAUCUCCACUUUUCCCAUCAAGUGCUGAACAUGUGGUAUGUAGCAAUCCAGUGCAGCGUGGCGUUAUAACUAACUGGGAUACGAUGGAGUAUGUCUGGCAUCAGUGUUUUGAACGACUGGGGGUUUCCUCAGAUACCCAACCAGUAUUGCUUAGCGAGACUCCUUUCUUCGGACCUCAGAAUCGUGAGAAAUUAGCCGAGAUUUUAUUUGAAACAUUUGAUGUUCCAGCCUUAUAUUUACUAUUACAGCCAGUGCUAGCUCUUUACGGAUCUGGACAUUGGUCAGGUAUCGUUUUAGAUGCUGGUGAGGGAACGACCCACAUAGUCCCCGUCUUUGAUGGUUAUCCAUGCAAUGAAGCUAUAGUCAGAUUUCCUAUGGCUGGCUGCGAUCUCACAGAACAGCUGGGGCGUGCUUUACAAGGAGAAGCCAUUCCAGCACUACGUCAAUCUCCAGAGAACUACAGAACAACUGUGCGGCACAUAAAAGAAAAAUAUUGUUCAAUAAUGAAAUAUGAAGAGGCACGUAAAAAUAGUAUGCCACCGUCAGAAGACAAGGAAUACCAACUUCCAUGUACAGAUACAAGCAUUGUGAUUGGCCCCGAAAGACUUAAAGUUCCAGAAUAUCUUUUCCAACCAGAGCGCUGUGGUUUUACUUGUCCGAGUUUACAACAGAGUAUCGCAAAAUCAAUUUUACGGUGUCAUACUUCAUUACAGGAAAGUAUGGCAUCCAAUAUAGUUUUAGCAGGGGGAACGACUCUACUACCGGGCAUGUGUGAUCGCCUACAUAAAGAGUUAUCCGCCUUGUCAAUAACAAACAUCAACAUUACAGCUCCACCAGUUCGCAAAUAUUCAGCCUGGAUGGGCGGUUCCAUUGUUGCCUCUUUAGACACAUUUCGGUCCAUGUGGCUUAGAAAAGACGAAUAUUAUGAGUUUGGGCCUUCAUCUGCUCUCCGAAAGUGUUCUUGGCACAAAGCAUCAACUCCUACAAACUUGUCUUUAAUUCUUUGACAACUACUAAAUAAUAUAGCAAAUACGUUUUUAUUUUUCUCUCUUCUCCACUCGCUUCUCUUUCCCUCAAGCACACGCACGCAAACACAAACACUCACACACACACACACACACACACACACACACACAC